CCGCGCCGCCGAGAGCACCUGCGGCGCGAGCGGCGGCUGCGCGGGGCGGCGGGCGGCCUGCACCGCGUCUGCAGCGAAGCUGCUCGUUUGAUCAGAUUAAGAUAUUCCAGACAACUGCCCUUUCAUAAAACGAAGUGAGGAAAAACAUACUUUGCAACAAUGAGGUAUUUUCACUUCUGUAAGCUUCCAGGAAGAGUUAUGGGAAUCCGCCUACUUCGUUUCACUUCUGUGGUGAUCAUUGUCUUACUGCUUGUAGCAGGUGCUUUAACAGCUUUGCUUCCCAAUAUCAAAGAUGACAAAAUGCCCAAUUUGAGAAGGGAGCCAAAAACCCAGAGUCAGUCUGCCUUGGAUUCGUUUACUCUUAUUAUGCAGACAUACAAUAGAACUGACUUACUGCUAAAACUUUUAAAUCAUUAUCAAGCCAUUCCCCAUCUGCACAAGGUAAUUGUUGUUUGGAACAAUGUUGGUGAGAAGAUACCAGAGGAAAUGUGGAAUUCCCUGGGGCCUCAUCCUGUCCCUGUUGUCUUUAAAGUUCAAACAGUAAAUCACAUGAGGAACAGACUCCAGAAUUUCCCUGAGCUGGAAACAAAAGACUUGGCCUUACACAUGAUUAGUAAAGCUGUUUUAAUGAUGGAUGAUGAUACACUAGUCAGUGCCCAUGAUCUUGCUUUUGCCUUCUCUGUUUGGCAGCAAUUUCCAGAGCAGAUAGUGGGAUUUGUUCCAAGAAAGCACAUUUCAACUCCUUCAGGUGUAUACACUUACGGCAGCUUUGAAUUGCAGAACCCUGGCUUUGGAAAUGGAGAUCUGUAUUCUAUGGUUCUUAUUGGUGCAGCAUUUUUCCACAGUGGAUAUCUAGAGGACUUUCAAAAACAGCCAGAAGCUGUUCAUGCCUUAAUAGAUGAAACUCAAAAUUGUGAUGAUAUUGCUAUGAAUUUUCUAGUGGCAAAGAAUACUGGAAAGUCUUCAGGAGUGUUUGUGAAGCCUGUUGAUAUAAGAAAUUUAGAAAAAGACACUAACAGUGGUUAUUCUGGAAUGUGGCACCGAGCAGAGCAUUUGUUACAGAGAUCUUAUUGUGUGAACAAACUGGUUAAUAUUUAUGAUGGCAUGCCCUUAAAAUAUUCCAAUAUCAUGAUUUCUCAGUUUGGUUUUCCUAAUUAUGCCAAUCACAAAAAUAAAAUGUAAACUAAUCUGUUUAAGAGGGCAGAUGUUAAACAAUACUCCGUGAAUUGUGCAAGGAGAUAAGUAAAGUAUAGAUUACUGCAUCUUGGUCAUUCAUAUUCGUAGCCUCUGAUUUUUUUCCAUACGGCUUUUUAUGUAUUUUUUCCUUCCUUACUAAUUCUGUAAACUAAAGACUGUAUGCUAAUGUUUAGAUGUAAUAAAAUCAUCCUCUUUCCUUAAAAACCUGAGAAGCUUUUUUCAGUUAAUUACAGUCCAGCUGCACACAAAAAUGCACUCCUACACUUCAGUAGGAAUUUUGAUUUACUUCUUUUUUUUUGGUAAUAUAUAUCUAGUCAAAUGAUGUCUAGGCAUAUUUUUGAUAGCUGCAUGUUGAGACAUCUCCUUCCUUUUCCCCUCCUCACCUCACUCCAUGAAACUAUAGAAGGGCUACAGUAAGCUGUUGGCUAAGCUUCUAGACUCCUAUACAAAACCUCUUUGAAGUUUGUAUAUGAGAUAUUAUUCUGUAUUCUGAGAUGUUCCUGAAGCUGAUACAAAAGCAAGCCAGAAGAGGAAUACCACACCUUAAUCUUGGUUCUAAAAACUAUUGUCUACAACAUGUGCUAUUGCUAAGAUAGUGCAUAAUGAUCUCUUUGAUACAGCUUUUUUGGGGAGUUGCUGAAACAAUGCUAAUCAGCUGAAAGGUAAAAGGUAACUGAUAGUGAUGUAAGAAAAAUGAAUACAUGAAAUAAGACUUACAUAUGCAGCCAGAAGAAAUAGGUGCCAUACUUCUUAUUAACAGUCCCUUUAGCAUUUAGUUUUAUUUUGAUAUUUUACAUGUACAUUGUUACAAAAUGUGCCCCAAAAAAUCCUCAGUUUAAAAAUGUCUUAUUUGCAACUCGAAAUAGAAAGAAGCUUUUUUACAUUUAGUCCAGAGUGUAUAGUUUAUAAUAUUAUAGGUCUACUAUUUUUUUAACUUCUCUUUCAAUGCAAUAUUCACUUUACUUUUUGGUUCCUUUCAUUUCUGCUUUCGGUGACUACAAGAACAGAAUUAAAAUGCCAUGCAAUGAAUGAGUAAAGCAUUAUAAAAGAUAUUUUAAGGUACAGUGAUACUUGACAGGGCCUGACUAUUAACAGUUUCUGACCUCAUUAAGAAACAGCCAUCUUAAUAGCUUUUGUUGGAUGGGGACUCUGUAGUCUGGAAAAACUGUAUUAACAUAGAUGAGACAAAACCCAUUUUCAUUGCAGUUACAAAACUUGUUUUGUGGCGUAGAGGAAAUGAACCAAAGGCAGUGAUUUUGUUGGAUCAGAGAGUGGAAUCAAAUUUGGCAUCUAAAGUAGAUGUCAGCAUCAGCUUUUAAUCAAUUCUCAAUAGCAGUGCAAAAGAAUCCAUGGGCAAUCAGUAACAGCUUAUUUCUAGUACACAAAUGGUAUAUAAUUUUUUUAAUAGGCUAGUUGAACAAAAAAAGAAUUUGAAAAAUGUAACAAGUUCUUUACAGCUGAGCUGAUUUUGGUUGUAGGGUCUUUGACUUGGUGGGGGGAGGGGAUAUUUUGCCCCAUUCUUUCGGUAUGAGAGGAUUUGUUUUACGUUCAGUGAAGUCUUCCUAGUACUUUUGUAAGAUUUAACAGUUAAAAUCUUAACAUGGCAGUGUAAAAACUGCUUAAUUUUGUUGUGAUAGUGGCAAGCAGAUCUUAACUAUUGUGGUGUAAUGAUAAAUAGUAUAGAAAUAGAUCUAUGGUCUUUUCAGAAAUGCAAAUUUCCUAAUGGUAGCUUAUUGCUUUUCAUUUACUUACUGGUCUUCUGUAAUUUCUGUUCUGUGCAGUAUCAACUAAAAGUGUGAAGACACACAGAUGUUUACCUGCUUUUAAAAUGUGAAAUGAAUUGUCAUCUCAGCCAAAUCUUAGUACUGGGGUUGGUUGUUUGGGGUGGGUUUUCUUUGGGGGGAGGGAGGAAGGGGUAUUGCUUUUCUGUAUCAGUCAAGGAAUUAAUAGAACAAGUUUUAUUAUAGUGAUAAACUUAAUUUGUACCAUUGUCAAAUAAAAUACAUAAACAGAUUUGUUAUGUA